AAGGCUGCUAUCACAAGCUUGAAAGAGCGAGGUGGUUCUUCACGACAGGCCAUCCUUAAAUACAUAAUGGCAAACUACAACGUUGGAAAAGAUGAGAAAACCAUCAACAGCCACCUGAAGAUGGCUCUCCGUGCUGGAGCCAAGAAUGGAAACUUGAAGCAGUCCAAAGGAGUUGGUGCAUCUGGCUCAUUCAAGAUUGGUGCCAAGGAAGAAGCAAAGCCAAAGGCUAAAUCACCUAAAAAGGCUGAGAAACCAAGGGCUGUCAAGCCUAAAUCUCCAGCCAAAGCCAAAAAGCCCAAGGCAAAGAAAGCUGCAGCUCCUGCUGCCGCACCUGCAGCCAAAAAGCCAGCUGCAUCCAAGAAGCCAAAAUCUCCCAAGAAGGCUGCCGCUAAGAAGCCCAAGGCACCUAAACAAGCAGCUGCGGCUAAACCUAAAAAGCCCAAAACACCCAAAAAGAAAGCCUCUCCAAAGAAAGCAGCGCCUGCAAAGAAAGCUGCACCCAAAAAGGAAAAGUAAAAGUGUGAUAUAAAAAUUGACUGAGAAAGGACUCGAUAAAUUAUUUCAUCCAGAUUUCUAUGACAACUAACGGACAUGUACACAGAUGUGGCAGCACUCUGGAUUGUGGAUUUCUGACAGACAUCUUUCAUUUGUAAUAUAUUUCAUUUUCAUACCCUUCGCAUAUCAUCAUGCCAUUAUGUUCAAGCAAUUGUUAUAUUUGCCCUACAUAUGCACCAUUGCCUGCUUUCUCAUCCUCAUUAUUUUAACAUGAUGUCCUAUUCGGGUUAUGUUGCAAUCUGCAAGGUUGUGGUAUGAAUCCAUGACCAAUAAAGUAACAUGUGAUAAAAAAAAAAAAAAAAAAAAAAAAAAAAAAAA